AUGGAGGAAUUCGCAGUGAAUCAAGAGAUGAACCACUUGCCCUGCAACCACUUCUUCCAUCGUCACUGCAUUGCUUCUUGGCUUAAGAGAAGCAAGACUUGUCCUCUUUGUCGCUGCAAGGUGUCGUUGGGCAAACCAAAUCAGGCAAAUCCGGCAAAUCUCGGCCACGGCAGUCAGUUGCGUCGUGAGCUACUUGGAAGGGGCUUUCGGGUGAUUCGAUUGCCUUUUUCUUUCCCGUCCUCGGCUCCGUCUCGGGCUAAUGGGAAUGAUCAUCCUAAUGUGCGUGAUAGGAGGAGGAGAGUUGAUAACAGGGCUCUGAACUUCAACGAGAACGUGAAC